UGAGAACUGUUGAGCGUUUGCUGCAGCCCUGGCGCCGACUGUGACACAGCUGUUAAGAGUAAGAGUUUGCCAAACAGCUGAUUUUGUUGAUGUUUUGAUUUGUGACAAAAAUUUUUGAUUGCAAUCAAAAUGGAUCCCGCGAAGUUAUUAUUUCUAUGCGAACACAACGAUCUCAAUUUGCUGAGUUUACUCGAGUGGGAGGAGGAGUUUGAGCAAACAGUGGAGGGACUACGUUUGACCUACGAACGUCGACGCAGAAAACGCAAAGCGCCACGCGAAUGGGCAUUUCAACGAACUGGCGCAUUCUGGGAGAAAGAUAUACCAGCCAGCACGGAGGCCGAGUUUAAGCAACAUUUUCGCAUGGAACAGGAAUAUUUUGAUAUUUUAGUGCAACUGUUGCCGGAACUGAGGAAAAACGAUACAAAUUUUCGCAAAGCGAUUCCAAUUGAGAAACGCAUUGCCAUCGCACUAUAUACACUGGGUAGCACCGCGGAGUACAGAGUGGUGGGCAAACUAUUUGGCAUCUCCAUGUCGAUGGUGGGCAAAAUUCUCAAUGAUUUUUGCCAGGCCGUCAAACGUGUCCUGUCCCAGGAAUAUUUGCCCAAAGAGUUCCUCACCCAACAGAAGCUGGAGGAGUGUGUGACUGGCUUCGAGGCCAAGGGUUUUCCGCAGUGCCUGGGCGCAAUUGGUAUCUGCCACUUGGAGGUGUCGGCGGCAAUAUCAAAUUCCUCGCUUUAUUACAAUAAUCAAGACUGGUAUUCGAAAAUAUUAUUCGCGCUCGUUGAUCAUCGUCGCAGAUUUCUGUAUGUCAACUACAGUUGUCCGGGCAGCUUUACACCUGCUCAGGUGUACGAGGAGAGCUAUUUGAAGGAAAUUUUGGAGAGUUCGCCACAGUUCAAGUCAAAUCGCCAACCGAUUGCUGGCGUGGAAGUGCCCGUCUUGGUGCUGGGCGAUGCAGCAUUCGAAGCGACGACAGUGAUGACACCCUAUAGCCAACCGCAUGGGGAAACGGAGAAACAAUUCAAUGUGGCACUGCAGGAUGCUCGACAAGUGGUUGAUGCAGCUUUCCAGCAGCUAAAAUCACGUUUUCGUCGCAUAACCAAAAGUGCGGAUUGUCACAGCAGACGCAAUGAUAUCAUCAUUUGUUGCUGCAUAUUGCACAAUUUUUUAAUUGGCAACGGGAGCAACAUAUUCGACGACGCUGAACUGCAGCAGGAGCAGCAGUCAGUUGUGACUGCUGCUGCCGAGGAGGAGUCUCCGGAGCAGUCGGCAACUGAGGAUAUUCGACAAGCGAUUAGUACACUUAUAAAUUGCAUUUAAUCUACGACAUAAUAUUACUUAUUAUUAUAGUUUAGUUCUUGGUCUUCUUCUCCAAUAUAAAAUUACUUAUUUUUAA